CAGCACAAAGAAGACAAAGGAAUCCAUGGGGUCUGCCCAGGCCCUGCUGACGUGACUCCUGAGCUCCGCGGGUCACCGGGACGCCGGUGUGGGUGGCUCCAUGUCCCAGCUCCAGAGCUCCUGGGACGUGCAGCAGCGGAGCAUGGCGUAUUUUCCAGAUCCAGACAUGGAGCCCGGGGCUGCCAGCACGUCCCUGCCCGACCCCGCCGGCGACGGCGACCGGAACGUGCCGCGGAUCUGCGGCGUCUGCGGGGACAGGGCCACCGGCUUCCACUUCAAUGCCAUGACCUGCGAGGGCUGCAAGGGCUUCUUCAGGAGGAGCAUGAAGAGGAAGGCCAUGUUCACCUGCCCCUUCAACGGGGACUGCAAGAUCACCAAGGACAACCGGCGGCACUGCCAGGCGUGCCGGCUCAAGCGCUGCGUGGACAUCGGCAUGAUGAAGGAGUUCAUCCUGACGGACGAGGAGGUGCAGAGGAAGCGGGAGAUGAUCCUGAAGCGCAAGGAGGAGGAAGCGCUCAAGGAGAGCCUGAAGCCCAAGCUCUCGGAGGAGCAGCAGAGGGUCAUCGACAUCCUGCUCGAGGCCCAUCGCAAAACCUACGACCCCACCUACGCCGACUUCUCCAAGUUCCGGCCCCCCGUGAGAAGCCACCCCAACAACAGGGGGGCAACAAAGUCCUCCUCUCUCCUCACCCAGGACCUGUCAGAGGAGGAUUCCACUGAUCUCUUCGGCUCCGAUGCCUUCAGCACAUUCCCAGAGUCCGUGGAGCCCCGGAUGUUUUCGAACCUGGUCCUCUCCGAGGAGAACGACGAGAGCUCCUCCAUGAACAUCGAGUUCUCCCAGCUCUCCAUGCUCCCACACCUGGCUGACCUGGUCAGCUACAGCAUACAGAAGGUGAUCGGCUUUGCCAAAAUGAUCCCGGGAUUCAGGGACCUGUCAGCAGAGGACCAGAUUGUCCUGCUGAAGUCCAGUGCCAUCGAGGUGAUCAUGCUGCGCUCCAACCAGUCCUUCACCCUCGAGGACAUGAGCUGGACCUGCGGCAGCAACGACUUCAAGUACAGGGUCAGCGACGUCACCCAAGCCGGCCACAGCAUGGACCUGCUCGAGCCACUUGUGAAAUUCCAGGUUGGCUUGAAGAAGCUGAACCUUCACGAGGAAGAGCACGUGCUCCUCAUGGCCAUCUGCAUCCUGUCCCCAGACCGCCCGGGCGUGCAGGACACCUCGCUGGUGGAAUCCCUGCAGGACAGGCUCUCGGAGAUCCUGCAGACCUACAUCCGCUGCCGGCACCCGCCCCCGGGGAGCCGCCUGCUCUACGCCAAGAUGAUCCAGAAGCUGGCGGACCUGCGGAGCCUCAACGAGGAGCACUCCCGGCAGUACCGCUGCCUGUCCUUCCAGCCCGAGCACAGCAUGCAGCUCACGCCGCUCGUGCUCGAGGUCUUCGGCAACGAGAUCUCCUGACUCGGGUGUCCCGGGGAGCUGAGCCAGCCACGGGGAGAAGGGAGAAGCCAGCCUGGCUUUUCCCGAGCUCCCGGGCAGGAGUUUUGUACCUUGGGUUUGGUUUCGUGCUCCUGGAAGCCCUGCUUUGUUUGCAGGUUGGCAGGGAUGGACCCGGAUCCGUGUGGUUUCCCCACCAGGAGCAGCUUUCCCUGCUGUCUGUGCGAGCCGAUUUAUCCCUUUAUGGAUGUUUUGAGGCUGGGCUGCCUCAAAUCCCUUCUUUUUUUCACCUGGACAGUGGGGCUGGUGGGAAGGAGAAGCACUUGGGGUGGUUUUGGACUCAGGGCACCGCUGACCAUCCUCUGCUCCCACCCUAAGUCCCGCAGCACUCGCCCCCUGCCCACUUCCAAAGGGAGAUGCCAGUGGGAUUGAACACCCCGAGUCCCAGCCAGGAGGGGCCGUGUCCCCACGGGUGACCGGCUCAGACACAUCCCGGGUGCCACCGUUGGACUGGGAUGGGCCAGAGGUGGCUGAGUGAGCUCAGAGAGGGGGAAUUUGUCCUCAGCCCCCAAAGGAAAGAGCUUUAUUUGCAUUCCCAGCACUGCCUGGAGGUGGGGGGAAGGGGAAUCUCUGGGUGACUUCCCUCCCCUUUGGAGCUGAACCCCUCUGUUUGAUGGGAUGACAACCCCUGGGAUGGGGCAAUGGGGAAACAACCCUCAGGAUGGGGGAACAACCCCCAGGAUGGGGAAACGACCCCCGGAAUGUCGAGGUGACCACGGUCCCAGCUCGGCUUCCUCCCCCUGCCGUGUUCUGUGUCCUGCUGGAAGCAGCCCUGGAGGCAGCUCCGUGCCACUGUCCCGACCCGGGGCCGAUGGAGUGAACCCCGGGAAGGGGGAUUUGAGAUUUGGGAGCUCCGGGAAGAGGCGUCACAGCCCCCCGGGCCGUGCACAAUGUCCGGAGGGGCCCCGGCUCCCGGCGGCUCCUGCUCCGGCCAAUAAACUCCUGCUUGGGCA